AGGGAGCUGACAGGGCUGGGCCUCAGUGCCUGGACCUGGACCAUUAUGGAAGCUGCUCUUUGGGUGUGCCUUAGUCUGCUCUGUCUGCAGGGCAGCUUGCUCCAGCUCACACAUGGUGCAGACUGCACUGGGACAUCACAGGGUGAAGACUGUGUCGGUGGGCAGACCAUCGAAGGAAAGGUAAGGGAUUGGGGCCCCAGGUUACAGUUGUGGGUUUGUUGCGUUUUGUGGAGGAGCUCCAUUGGUCAGGUAGAUGGAGUUCAGAAGUGUUAGUGCUAGCAGUGUUUUUUUUUGUACAAGCUAUUCAAAACACUUCUCCAGACUCUGCAGUAGCAACAUUAGCGCAGAAGCCAAAGGAAGCCAAUAAAUUCUAUGAAUUCUCUCUGUGUUUCCAUUGAGUGUGUGCUGGGUUAAAAACAACUCCAUUUGGGAUAUUUGGUAACCCAGCACUGGGUAAAUACUGGACAGAACACAUGAUGGGCUAUUUUGACCCAGCCAGUUGGAUUAUUUGGAUUACCCAAACAUGGGUUAAUUUAACCAUCAGUUGUUGUUUUUUGCCAUCAGUUGGGUUGACCCAACAGCUGGGUAUGUUUUAAUGUAAUCCAUAGGUUAUUUUCCAGAAGCGUGGCCUAUUCGGGGUGUGGCAUUCAGAUAAUUAUUUUUGGCCUCCCGUAAGAGUAAAUGUCAUUCCUGUUCAUCAUGUUAAGUUUUUACACUGAAAAUUUCAUAAUAUUAUUAUUGACAUAUCCCAACACUGGGAUAUGAAUAGACUCUUGAGGAACUCAUACACUUGUGUAAGCCUCAUUAAAGCUUCAAUAGUGUCAGUGUUCAACCUUAACAUGUGAUAAAAACACAACAGAUAAACUGCAAUUACAUUUACUCCCACGGGUGGCCAUAAAUAACUAUCUGAAAGCCACACCGCUACUAAGCCAUGCCUCUAGUCUUCUGAGCUGAGCCGCUGGGUCAUAUCUCAAUAACCCAGCAGUUUUUUAAGAAAACAACCCAACUAAGUGACCCAACGCCUGCAACCCAGCAGAUGGGUCAACCAAACAAUCCAGCAUUUUUUUAGAGAGUGUGUGUUUGUGUGUGUGUUUGUGUUUGUGUGUGUGUGUGUGUGUGUGUGUGUGUGUGUGUGUGUGUGUGUGUGUGUGUGUGUGUGUGUGUGUGUGUGUGUGUGUGUGUGUGUGUGUGUGUGUGUGGUAUUUUGGCUGAGCAUGUCAUAUUUUGGAUGGAACACAUGCAUGGAGUUAAAUAGAGUUAAACAUUCCAGUAACCUAGUCAGGAACAAAGUCUUAUUGUAACCUAUUCUAUUACUACUGCCCCCAAAAAUACCCUCAAUGGAACAAACUCUCUGUAGACUUUUAAUGUGGCCACAGAGCUGCCAUAUUUGCGGUCGACAUUCUUUGUGGACAUUCCCCAUGUUCUGUCCAACGUAAUUACCCUCAUCUGGCCAAUACAUACAGCAGAUAUAUGAAAGAUUUUUCCUUCUGCUUGCAUUUUGUUUUUAUAUUUUGAUGUGUGUAUUUUUGUAAUUUCUGUAAUUCAGGGCUCAUCUGUAAAAGAGACCUUAGUCUCAGUAUAACUCCCUGAUAAAAUAAAGGUUAAAUAAAAUAAAAUAAAUAAAGAUGCAGCAUUUCAAAAGACGAUUUUCACCAACAACAUGGAAGAUUGAGUCAAGUAUUAUUUUCCGUGUGGGAAAUAUUCAAGGUUGUAUGUGUUUUGUGUGUAAUUACACUAUUAUAGUAUGUGUAAUUAUAUAAACGUCAGAUGUGGUUGGACUCCCCGUUGCCUUGGGCAGCAUUAUUGAAGAAAUCUAUUUUUAAAAAUGUUUAGUUGAAUUCAAUGCUGAGUUUAUUUGCCUGUGCCUUUUCCCACCAAGGUCAUGGUGAAUGUGGAUAAUGGAACAGAAUACAUUACAGGGGUAAUUUACGGUGCUCGUCAACAACUAGCACAGAACAAAAUGGACUACACUAAAAGUUUUCAUAAUAGAUAAAUGAAAAAAGAGCAGAGCACACCUCGUGCACUGGAGUGUGAAGUGUAUACAGGGCAUGCACUGACCUUUGUACAAAGUAUGGUGUCCAUAUUAGGAAGGAGGAGAGAUAUGUUUAUGGAGGGGAUGUACACUGUGAAAGGGCAUACAAACUGUCACGACUUCCGCCGAGGCUGCCUCCCCUCCUUGUUCGGGCAGGUUUCGGCGUUCCUUGUCUUUGUGAGUGAUUGUUUCAUUGUGAGAGCGAGUAGCUCGGUUGAGCUACUCUUCCAUUUGUUAUUGCCAAGAUGGAAUAUUUCCCUUGUGAUAGUUUCGUUUUGACGCUGGGUGCGUUUUAUUUAUGUAAACGGAAUAAACUCUGGACUUCAGUGUUUUACCUCCUGCGCCUGACUCCUUCAUUCACACCUCAUCACACAAACUCUGUUUUCUUAUAUGUUCUAGUGAAGCCUACCCCGAACUCUUACAAUAUGGCCACUGUUUUCCCUUACUCAUCCUGACAGGAUAUGGUUUAUGUUAACCUAUGGUAACACUUUACAUUCAGUUACUGUAAUACCUGUCUAAUAACAAUAAUUACGCAAUUAACAACAUACAAACAUGUUGUAACAUAUCAAUUUAGUAAUUGUUUAGUAAGUGCAUAUGAGUGGGGUUGAGGUGUAUUAUUAUUAUUACGUAAGUGGAAUAAAGAAUACAAGUUGUUAAAACAUUUUUUUUUAUCACAUCGUAAAAUUCUCUUCUCUCAGAAUGAUGGGCUUCUGCGGCUGAUGCCAUCUGCUCCAAGAGAGACUCAUACCCAGACAAAGCCACAGGUAUGUGAGCCUCCCUCCCCACAAAUACAUCCUACUACAGUCUGCUCUCUGUCACAGAGGGCUUCUACAUUGUACUGGAUUACUUUCCACUCUGGGUUUGUGUAUGUAAGACAUAUCGCUGUAUAAUGGUAACUCCCCAGGAGGAAUAUGAUUCCAAUGAGACACUAAAAUCAAUGCAACUAAAACGCUUGUCCCAAGAUAUUGAAUAUUGAUAUUAAAUAUACAUUCACCAGUCAUUGCACAGAUAUCUGGGUAUAAGACAGGAUAUAGGACUAUAUACCUCUUUACCAACACACGUGCAGGCAUGCACGCACACACUUACACGAUUACAUUUACAGAAGGUAUUUAAUUUCUCCCAAACUGCAUUAAUUAAUGAUUUACAUUUUUCUUGUGCCCAACAGAGAGGACGACUUGGGGCACACUCUACACUUGGUGUAAGACAUUUAUAUAAAUUAGGCUACCUACAACUGCAAAACAAAACAAUACAACCAAUUAGCCAACUAUAACUGUACACUGUUGUUUUUACAGUAAAUUACUGGCAGCACAGUAGCCAGUAGGUUACUGUAAAUGUACAGUACAAUUUAUAGCAUAUUACUGUAACACCUGACUACAGCAACAUGCUGUCAUUCUAGAAUUGACAGUGCCUUACUGGAAGCACAGUGGUUAGUAACUGCAGAUUUACAGUGCAGGCAGCUACUGCCAACAAUUGACAGUAUUUCCGUUACAUGUAUGUGAUAUAAGUAUUUCAAUAGUUUCAAUAUCUAUUUUGUAUUUCACUGGCCUGAAGUACAAUUCAUGUAUCUUGUAACAGUUUAAUAAGAAUACAUACAUUGGUAUUGUCGUAUCGGAUGAGUGGUGGCAAUUAUUGCUGAUAAACAAAGGAGUCCACUCAUACUGAAUCCUUGAUCAUAAGUUUAUUCAGAUCACAAGCUUACAGCAUAAGUUUACAGACUCGCGAGGUCUGGAGAGCAGUGUCCUCCAAUUCUAAUGGCUGCUCUGCCCUUUCUGUAGUCUAGCCCCUAUUUAUAAACAAUACAAAAAGAUGGGUGGCUCCCUCUUCUGGCCAAUCACCAGUCUCUCCUGUCUACAACACACUUCCUGUCUGUUGUAUGUGGCGUUACACUAAAACAUUCCCUUUUGAUACUAACAUAAACAACAUUCCAUUUCUUCAUGAAAAACAUUUAACACCAUCAUAAUCUCAAUACACUACAGUAUUUCCUAAUACAAAAAUAAACUUGCAAGUAGCCCACUUAACUACAUAAUGUCCAGCAGUGUGCUUUGCAAGUGUUAAUUUUUAACAUUUACAUUUUGGUCAUUUAGCAGACGCUCUUGUCCAGAGGGACGUACAGUCAGUGCAUUAAACUAAGGUUGAUUUUAAAAAACAUAUCACAGUCAUAGCAAGUAAAACGUUUCUGUAACCGUUACUGAGAAUGUUGUUGUAAUUAAGAAUACAUUGGUCUUCAAGGUAUUUUGUAUUUGUAACAAGAUACCUUUUGAAGUAUCCUUGCCCAUCUCUGGCUAGUGCCAAGUAUGUUACUGUAGUAUUCACAGUAACUUGCCACCAGCUUCCUUUAAGUUACUGUAAUAUCAGAGCAAUCAUACAGUACAACACAGUACAAUUUGCCUACUGUACAAUAAAUAAGUAUAUUUCACUGUAAUUACAUUGGUGCAAGCAGGUUGGCUGCUAGGUAUUUGUAUAUUACAGCGUAUUUAUGAAUAUUUGGCAUUUUAUAUCACUUGCACUUCUAGAGGCCUAAACAAUGGCUUCCAAACAGGUAAUGAAUACAGGGCAAAAUAGACCAAAAGGACUUGGCAAAACACUCAACCAGUAAAGGUUUAAGACUUGCUGCCACUCUGAUCUGUCCCCUAUACACAUUCAUUAUUUGGGCACUACUACCACAUAUCAGUUUAAUUGGUACAGCAUUCUCACUAGCGGGUGCAACAAAUAUAGACACGUACAAGGCACGCCUCUAAAUAUGUUAAUGACCCAGAGUGUCUUUCUCCAUCCACAACAUUUUCCCAUAAUGCACCAUAAUUCACAGUAUGCUGCAAUGAACAUACAGCAAAACAGGUAAUACAGUACUUUACUGUAAAAUUGUAUUGUAAAAUGUAUAAUAUAAUUUUACAGCAGUGUAUCGGAAUGCCAAUGAGACCUUCCCCCAUUGCUCUUUACAGUACUGUACUGUAAUAUAGAAUUACAGUAGCUAAUUGUAAAUAUGUUGCUCUAAAUUUACAGCAAUUUGUUACAUUGUACAUACUGUAGUUAUACAACACUACUGUAUUGCUGAAGCCACAGUGCUAGCUCCACGUUCAUCAAGAAUGCCUCAUUUAUUUCUGAAUUGAAGUGGAAAGAUGACAACAUACCGUCGGACGUGCCGUUGGACAGACAGAAGAGAGAGUUGGGGAAGCACUCCAGCCUUCCUGGGUCCUUCUCAGCCAAGGGCUUCCCCAACACACUCAUCCAAGUUCAGGUAAUACUGGAGACAGGGAGGGAGACGAAACAGAGGGAGCGGUCUCAAAUGAUCCAAUGGGGCUGUUGUGUUGAAAUUUUUGUGAUCCCUUAAUAACAGUGGCAUAAGAAAGAAUGUGAUGGAUGGUGUACUGGAGUUUCUUAUCAUGAGUUGUUUUCUUGAAGCACUUGGUAUGCUACAGUGGUGGCUAGUGUCAUUUUAAAUAUGAAGGGCUCAUUGUAAUGCUUGGGAUAGAAUAAAUGGAACCGCAUCAAACACAUCAAAGACAUGGUUUCCAUGCUUACCGUUCUAUUUAUCCAUUCUAGCCAUUAUUAUGAGCCGUCCUCCCUUCAACAGCCUCCUGUGUAACAUACAGUAGCCGGGCCCCUGUUAGUUUCUAAAUGAUCUCCCGGGAAUGUUGUUCCUCCAGACAGAGCGGGCCAGGAGACACUUGGGCCAGUCUGGGACCAAGAAGAAUAACAAGCCUAAAUCCAGAGUGGGAUCUUUUUCUCUGCUCAGCAACAACAACCCCAGCGCCACCAUUCAGGUACACAACAUUGCCAUGACAACCCAGGAGCAGACCAUCACAUGAUACAAGUCCAUAGUUAAUAUCAGAACUUUUUGUUUAGUGAGAUUCUCAAACACACUGCUGACAUGAGAUAUGUACAGUGUCCAUAUUAGGACAGCCUAAGUCUCAGCAGGAGUUACUGAGAGGCUACAGUGGCUUGCGAAAGUAUUCAACCCCCUUGGCAUUUUUCCUAUUUUGUUGCCUUACAACCUGGAAUUAAAAUGGAUUUUUGGGGGAUUGUAUCAUUUGAUUUACACAACAUGCCUACCACUUUGAAGAUGCAAAAUAUUUUUUGUUGUGAAACAAACAAGAAAUAAGACAAAAAAACGGACAACUUGAGCGUGCAUAACUAUUCACCCCCCCAAAGUCAAUACUUUGUAGAGACACCUUUUGCAGCAAUUACAGCUGCAAGUCUCUUGGGGUAUGUCUCUAUAAACUUGGCACAUCUAGCCACUGGGAUUUUUGCCCAUUCUUCAAGGCAAAACUGCUCCAGCUCCAUCAAGUUGGAUGGGUUCCGCUGGUGUGCAGCAAUUUUUAAGUCAUACCACAGAUUCUCAAUUCGAUUGAGGUCUGGCCUUUGACUAGGCCAUUCCAAGACAUUUAAAUGUUUCCCCUUAAACCACUAAAAUGUUGCUUUAGAUGUAUGCUUAGGGUCAUUGUCCUGCUGGAAGGUGAACCUCCGUCCCAGUCUCAAAUCUCUGGAAGACUGAAACAGGUUUCCCUCAAGAAUUUCCCUGUAUUUAGCGCCAUCCAUCGUUCCUUCAAUUCUGACCAGUUUCCCAGUCCCUGCCGAUGAAAAACAUCCCCACAGCAUGAUGCUGCCACCACCAUGCUUCACUGUGGGGAUGGUGAUCUCGGGGUGAUGAGAGGUGUUGGGUUUGCCCCAGACAUAGCGUUUUCCUUGAUGGCCAAAAAGCUAAAUUUUUGUCUCACCUGACCAGAGUACCUUCUUCCAUAUGUUUGGGGAGUCUCCCAUAUGCCUUUUGGCAAACACCAAACGUGUUUGCUUAUUUUUUUCUUUAAGCAAUGGAUUUUGUCUGGCCACUCUUCCGUAAUGCGCAGCUCUGUGGAGUGUACAGCUUAAAGUGGUCCUAUGGACAGAUACUCCAAUCUCCGCUGUGGAGCUUUGCAGCUCCUUCAGGGUUAUCUUUGGUCUCUUUGUUGCCUCUCUGAUUAAUGCCCUCCUUGCCUGGUCCGUGAAUUUUGGUGGGCGGCCCUCUCUUGGCAGGUUUGUUGUGGUGCCAUAUUCUUUCAAUUUUUUAAUAAUGGAUUUAAUGGUGCUCCGUGGGAUGUUCAAAGUUUCUGAUAUUUUUUUAUAACCCAACCCUGAUCUGUACUUCUCCACAACGUUGUCCCUGACCUGUUUGGAGAGCUCCUUGGUCUUCAUGGUGCCGCUUGCUUGGUGGUACCCCUUGCUUAGUGGUGUUGCAGACACUGGGGCCUUUCAGAACAGGUGUAUAUAUACUGAGAUCAUGUGACAGAUCAUGUGACACUUAGAUUGCACACAAGUGGACUUUAUUUAACUAAUUAUGUGACUUCUGAAGGUAAUUGGUUGCACCAGAUCUUAUUUAGGGGCUUCAUAGCAAAGGGGGUGAAUACAUAUGCACGCACCACUUUUCCGUUAUUUCUUUUUUAGAAUUAUUUGAAACAAGUUAUUUUUUUUCAUUUCACUUCACCAAUUUUGACUAUUUUGUGUAUGUCCAUUACAUGAAAUCCAAAUAAAAAUCCAUUUAAAUUACAGGUUGUAAUGCAACAAAAUAGGAAAAAUGCCAAGGGGGAUGAAUACUUUUGCAAGGCACUGUAUCUUAGCGAUACUUAGUCAACUUGCAUUCAACAUUGUAUAAUUGAAGUGUUACAUCAUGUCGCUGUUCUUCCAGGUAACCAGAGUACGGAGGCAGCUGCAGAAGGAGAGGAAGAACGGGAAGCCAAGAGGACAACCAGGAGCGUACUCUGCUAUGGACGUCCCAGAUAAACCCGAACCCUUGGUGAGACCCAUGUACCCCUCCACGUAUCCCUCAACCCCAACUGAGUCUAUCAAUCAAUAAACCAAUUAAUCACUUUUUUGUGCCCAGAGAGGAAUUCUGUUUGCAAGCAUGUUAAGAAUAGAGUUCAUUCAAAAUAGUUAAAAACCGCUAACACAAAAAAAGUUUAAAACCUGUUGUGUUAAAUUCACCUCCAUCUGAUUUGUCACUCUAGUCUAAACUAAUGUUUGAUGUGAACAAAUUAAUAACUUGAUUCUUUCCCCAGGGACAAAGACGCAAGAGGAGCGCACAGAAGAAGAAACAGACCAAGAGAAUUGUUUGUUCAUAAACAUUUCAUUAAACAAGGGACUUUGCGGAAGCGCUACUGCUUCAAUAGUUCAUCAACUGUACUUUAUAUCUUCUUCUCUUUGUAAACAUAUUGGUUUUAUGUAUAUUUUUCAAUUUAAUAAUAAUGUAAUAUAUAUAAUGGACACGCUUCCCUGAGGACAAGUAUACAGUACUUUUGAGAACCCCUUUAAUAUUCUCGUUUAUGAUUCUUUUUUUGUUUGUUGUUGUUGGUUGAUGGUGAUUGUUUGGUAACCCUGUGCAUAUUACCAGGUUUAAAUAAAGUAAACAUGUACAGUGAGGGAAAAAAGU